AAAUCCCACUUUUCUGCCUCCUAUGUUUUGUCUGAUCCAUUGAUUCUUCAGAUUUUCCAAAUUUCUUGGAGCGGCGGUGAAUCUCAUUCAAGAUUCUAUAAUCAAUCGAUCCUAGGGGAGGGGGUAGUGAAAAGAUGUAUUUGGUGGAGAGCAAAGGAGGGGCAAUAUUGUGUAUGGUGGUGGCUCUUCUGUUCUUGGGGACAUGGCCAGCUCUGUUGACCCUGCUCGAAAGGCGGGGCCGUCUCCCUCAACACACGUACCUCGACUACACACUCACCAAUCUCCUCGCUGCUCUCAUCAUCGCCCUCACCUUCGGCCAGAUGGGAUCCGAAUCUCCCAAUUUCCUCGCCCAACUCCCUCAGGAGAAUUGGUCGAGCGUGUUGUUUGCAAUGGCGGGUGGGGUGGUCCUCAGCCUGGGGAACCUGGCAACUCAGUAUGCUUGGGCAUUGGUUGGUUUGUCAGUAACUGAGGUUGUCAGUUCCAGCAUCACUGUGGUUAUAGGAACAACAUUGAACUACUAUUUGGAUGACAAGAUCAACAAGGCCGCGGUUCUUUUUCCCGGCGUCGGCUGUUUCUUGAUCGCGGUUUGUCUGGGCUCUGUCGUCCAUGCAUCUAAUGCCGCGGAUAAUGACAAAAAGCUCAACGGUUUCUCGAACCCCAGCUCAUCUGUGUCUGGGGAGGCUCAUAAGAACUCAGUUGGGAAUAAAGAUUUGGAGAAUGGAAUUGCUUCUGUGGAGAAGGCAAAGUUUGGGACAGCACUCUUCCUCAUAGAGCUUGAGAACAAAAGGUCAAUUAAGGUUUUGGGGAAGGGAGCUAUGAUAGGUCUGGGGAUAACGUUCUUCUCAGGGAUUUGCUUUUCUCUCUUCUCCCCGGCGUUCAACCUUGCAACAAAUGACCAAUGGCACACACUAAAGGAUGGAGUUCCACAGCCUACUUGUCCGACUGGAACGGCCGAGGUUGGGCCUUGUUGGCGGGCCUUUUGUGCGGGUUCGGCAAUGGGCUCCAGUUCAUGGGAGGCCAAGCUGCUGGAUAUGCUGCUGCUGAUGCAGUUCAGGCAUUACCGCUUGUGAGCACAUUUUGGGGUGUGCUUUUGUUUGGAGAAUACCGAAGAUCGUCGAGAAGAACGUACGCGUUCCUGUUUGGUAUGAUAUUUAUGUUUGUGGUGGCAGUCGCGGUUUUGAUGGCUUCGGCGGGGCAUCGGAAGUGAUGAUCAGAACUGGAAGAUCAUGUAAUUAUAUGUAUAAGAAGGCUCUAUAUAGGCUGCCAAGAUGUUGUUGGCUUGAAGGAGAAAGGUAAAAGGUGUUUGUCUUAGGUAUUUGUGUGGAAUAUGAAACCAAAACAUAAUUCUUUUUACUAGUAAAAAAAGUUCAGCAUAUUC